CACUGUGGAUCAUAGUCGAUUAUAAGUGGUCGAUUUACCAUUUUUUAUUUUUAUUUUCUAUGCUCAAUAAUCAAUAUCCAAUACUAAUAGUUGAUAACUCAAUACGAUAGAAAAUGUUUAACACCAAUAGUAAAUAUCAAAUACCAUAACUGAAUCAUUUUGCGAUGCACACUUAAUAUAAACUGACAGAUGUGGGAUGCGGAAUACGAAUUCGUUGUUUUUGUGCUACAUUGAAUAGGCACUAGGCAGCGGACGUCAGUAAACGGUCGCUUGACGGAGUGACGACGCGUAAUUCUUUUAAUAAUUUUGUUCCCAAAUUUUGCAAGACUCAGUAUAACUGUAAAGUGUAGACUUUAUUAUACGUAUCCAUAAAGUUGCAAACCUCGGUUUAAAAUGUUAGGUCUGACAAAUAAUAUUUAUAAAUGAAAAAUUUUUAUCUGCAUUAUUCUCCAUUUUUUUUAGUGUGUUGUAUGUAAAAGUUCAUAAAUUAAUAUUAUGUCAACAUCGGUGGAAAUAGAUGAUAGUUCAUCAUCAUAUGACAAACUUAAGGACUUAUGUAAAGAAAAUGUUAUUUAUUUUACUAAUAAUGAAAGAAAUGGUUCGACUGCCAUAGCCAAUUCUUUUGAACAGUUAUUUGAAAAUAUUGGUAAUAUAAAACCAUUGGUUUUUGAAUUGCGUAAUGUCUAUCAUUUGUAUGAUUUUGAUCCAUCUGUACCUGGUAAUGGAUAUCGAAGUUAUGUCACUGUAGUUGAUUUAUUUAUUGCUCAUUGCAUUAAAAUUUGCAAUCAAAUGACUGCCAAUCGUGAUUCAUUUUUCUUUCGUAAAGCAUUUUAUACAAAAGAGAUUGAAUCAUGUAACCAAGUGAUGAGUGCAUUGGUAUUGUGCUUAGAAAACUUAUGUCUUUUAAUUGGUUGGAGUGAACCAGGUAUGUUAUUUGCUGGAAAUGAUACUGCAGCAUUAGAACUCAUGAUGAAAAUUGAACCAUCUAAACUAUGUCCUUUUUAUGGGCGGUGUUUGGCUUUUCAAUUUAAUGAGUCAUUACAACCUGCUUUGAAAACUAUUGCAAUAAUGAUGGCUGCUUUUAGUGAAGUAUACUAUAAUGAAAAUGGCAUGUUGGCUAGGGCUAAUACUGCAUGGAAUUGUAGCAAAUAUAUGUUAAAUCCGGAAUUGAGAGCUCGUAGAAUUGUUAAUGUCAUUCAGUAUUCUUCAAUAGAAUUUUACAAAGCAUUUUUGUUCCUUGGUGAAACUGAACUAUUAAAAAGCUUACCAAACCUAGUUUCUCCUGCGGUAGCAAUAAAUCGACUAAUAGCAAUUCCUAGCAAAUCAUUUUUAUACUUGAAACCAGAUGGACAAUUAUUUGAAAUCCAGCCUCCUUUGUGUCAUAUUGGAUCAGCUUCCUUAAAUGUUCGACUAAUUGCAAAAACCAAGCGUGAAGGCAUGUUGGCAGAAAAUCCCGGUAGCGGGAUACUACCAGAACCAUGUGAAAAUCUUAUCAUACAUUGUCAUGGAGGUGGUUUUGUGUCUCAAAGUUCAAGUUCUCACGAAUCGUAUUUAAGAGAUUGGGCAGUACGUUUAGACAUUCCCAUAUUGUCUAUUGAUUAUUCUCUAGCACCGAGGGCACCAUACCCUAGAGCUAUGGAAGAACUAUUAUUCGCUUACAUUUGGGCUUUAAGUAAUGCAGCUUAUUUGGGUUCUACUGCUAAACGUGUCAUAAUGGCAGGUGAUUCUGCUGGAGGUAAUUUAAGUGCUUGUGUAGCAUUAAAAUGCAUAGAAAUGGGUUUCAGAAUACCUGACAGCCUUUUUUUGGCAUAUUUUCCUUGUGCCAUAGCUUGGUCUCCAACACCUGCAAGAUUUUUGAGUUUAAUUGAUCCACUCAUACCUCUUGGUUUUAUGACUAAUUGUUUAAAGGCCUAUGCUUGUUCUCCCGAUAUCUACCAAGAUAGUUUAUAUGAGUAUAAAUUGAAAAAUAUUGCAAAACCAAAAGAUGGCACUUCUGAAGGCUUUGUAGAAAAUAUUGAAUCUAGUGAAGAAGCUCUUGAGUUAAUACAAAAUACGAAUGACGAUAGUCAAUCAGUAAUAACUCCAGUUGAAGAGGUUAUUAUGGCUGCACAUGAACAAAGACAAUCCAGACGAUUUUCAACAAUUUUGACAGAAACGGCAGAAAAUAUAAGUUCUGCUAUUACUACCACAUUCAUUACAUUGACUGGAGGGACAGCUGAAGAAGAUAUUAGUGAUAAUGAAGAUGCAUUAAAUGAAGUAAUAGAAGAAGCCCCAUUACCUAUAGAUUUACCAAAGUUACCAGAAGAUCCGUUUUUAUCACCCUAUUUUGCAAAUGAUGAUAUUUUUAAACAGCUGCCACCUGUUCAUAUUGUGACAGUACAUAUGGAUCCUUGCUUAGAUGAUUGUGUUAUGUUUGCUAAACGUUUAAAAGAACUCGGAAAAAAAGUGAAUAUGGAUAUUCUAAAAGGAUUACCACAUGGUUUUUUAAAUUUGGCUAUUACCUGUAAAGAAGCGCAUGAAGGAUCAGUAUUGUGUGCUCAACGUAUUGCAGAUUUAUUUAAAGAAAUUGAAAUAUGUGAAUGUUAAUACUAUUUUUAAAUUUCAUUACAAACUAUUUUUGUAAAUUACACAUGUGUUCCAAA